UCUAAAAAAUUUUUACAUUGAAAAAAGUAAUUUUGUAUUUUCUCUUUUUUUUACAUGAAAAAUGUUAUAUGUAAUUUUAAGGAUUUAAGAUAGAUAAAGUAUUCACUUAAAUCAAUUAAUUAGAAAACUUGAAUUUCUCUUGAAUAACGAAGAAGAAUAAUAUAUAUUUUUAGAUUAGAUUUAUGACUAGAAAAAUAUUAAGGCUUAUUUUAAUGAUACAGCACUAUCGUAUGCGAUGAUGCACCUUUGAGCAUGCGCGACACGUUAAAGUGACGUAAUCGUUGUCACUUUUAUUUUUAACGUUCACAGCUUUCAUCCUUGUAUUUGGUUAAUAUUCGAUAAAUAUAAUUAAAUUUUUGUGUUUUUCUUUUUCAAUAGUAAAAUAUAUUAAUAAAUAAUAUACAUUAGGAAUAUUAUAAGAUUAUAUACAUGUUUGAGAAAACUAGUUUCAGGAAAAAUGGUGUUAGUCAAUUCGAAAAAGUUGUCAAUAAUGAGGAGUCAAAAAGAAUGGGGAUAAAAAAAACAUUAACGAAAGAAUGGAUUAUUAUCUUUUUGGUAUUUUUAUUCUUAUUGUUGAUAGUUAUUGAGAAAAUAUAUUUCAAUUAUGGAAUGUCUAUAGUAAAUAUUCAAAAUAUAUUCAGCAAACAAAGUGAUCUGCUGCAUAUAGAUAUAUUAUCACAUCUAUAUGAUUUACCUAAUUUAUCAAGUAUUACCGAUAUGUCUGAAUCUAUUGCCAAACAAUUAACAAGGACUGGUACACAAUUUAUAAAUACCACUAACAGUUAUGAAAAAGCUAUUGCUGAUGUAAUGAUAAUGUUGUCUACAAAAUAUUGGUGGCUGAUGAGAGCAAUACUAAGUGGAAUGGUAACAACUAGUCUCAGUUGGUUGAUUAUUUAUAUGGAUAGUCGUAUCCCUGGAAUUGAUCCACCGUUUCCUCUUAACCUUUUAAGGAAAGGAGAAUACAGGAUACAAAUUAUAUCACAGAUAAACCUUAAUUAUCUUAUUGGGGCAUUAAUUGGAUUAUUAGUUUCUAUUUUCAUGUGUUUCGAGUGAUGCUGUUUUGUUUCUUAGGAAAGAGCAAAUCAGGUUUGUGUCUAUGCAGGCACUCUAUGAAAUACUUAAAUAACAAAGUAAUUAUUUAAAAAGUUCAGUAUAUAUGCAGAGUGUUCCUAAAAAUGUGUAUUGAUACUAGUAGCAGAUUAGUAAAUAUCAUUGUAUCAGGAA